AUGUUGAAACAUGUUAAAAGUUUAGAACUGGGCAAGUCGGUGGUCUGUGAGUUAUCAACGCAGGAGAUUGCGCAGAACUUUGUAUUCCUGCGCCCCCUGGUCCAGCAUUUUCCUGACCAUGUGCCUGGAGGGGUGCUCUUGACUGACAUCUGGUUGUAUCUGGACAGCCUCUUCGACCAGAAGUUGCUCUGCAAGCCAGAUGUACCCAAACAAACACAGGCUGCCAACGAAGCCUCCAGAUGCAAGCGUUUGAUCGGCGCCUUGCGCUAUCUCUACAGGAAUAGCGCUCAAAGUCACAAUCACAAGGUGUCCGAGCUGAAAGGCAUGUUGAUGCCAUCUCCGGCUCGGCGGGAUGCACGUUUGGACCUUCGCAGGGCCAACGCCAAUGAGAACCUUGGGGAGGUGUUGGCUGAUGCUCCCAUGGACCUUGAUGCGGACGCGGACAGUGAGGGCAGCGAUGAGGUUGAGGAGGAUGAGCCUAUGCCCCUUGAUGGUCAACGUUCUGAGGGGGGCGAAGCCGUGGACGACGCCACAACUCUUGUGCUUGGCGCAGGUGAGGAUGUCGCUCCUUUGUCUGAUGUGGACAGUGAUUCCGACGAGGCGUCCUCGGAUGAAGCUGCGAGUGACCCUGAUUCACCACCGAAUGAACCUAGUGGGAGCAAUGGUGACAAGGGGCCCGGUGAUGUGGUUGCGCCAGGCUGCUUCGAAACACCACCGGUGAGGCGUCAGCUGAACAUGGAUGCCGCGUUGAGCGAGGAAAAGAAGGCUGAGCCAGACCAGCCUGUGCAUGAGAUUGAUUCAGACACCACUUCUUCUUCUGCUACAGUUGCCUGCCGUCGCACAGUUCCUGAGUACAACGGCUAUAACUUGGAGCAUCUACCUCGGCAAGCGUGGCCUGCUGUGGAUCGCAAGCACCAAGGUUUGCACAGCUACACCGUUUUGCGGGGAGCUGCCAAGAUCGAGAUCCUGCUUCGAAACAAGGCCUACUACGUUCGGGGGCCAAAUAAGGGCCAGAUCUCAUGGGCCAAACAUGGUGGCCCACAUGAUGCUUGGAUUGUUGCCUGCACCAAGGCAGGAGUGAUUCCUUAG